AAAAGAAAUAUGGCCGACUCACAUAACGUCAAAACUUUAGAGACGACAGCUUACUCAGAAAACGUGCGAUAAUUCGUAGAAAAUUUAACGACAAGUGAUUUUUUAGUGCCAGUGACGUGUAUUAGUGGUUGUGCUAAAGUGGCGUUGAUCAUUCUACGACACAAGUUUGAUGGUGACCGCAAGAGCGAUCCCGAUUUUCAUAACAGUGGAUAAAUGCACGAUGUGAGGCGCGGGGCAUGUGGGGCGCGGAGGCGGGCUGGUGGUGCGGCGCGCUGGCGGCCGCGGCGCUGCUGCUGCUUGCCGCGGCCGUGCGCGCCGCCUGCCGCGAGAGGGCGCCCAAGCACGCUCAGGUGCACGUAGUCCGCUGGGAGCCGCUGGCGCGCGCGCCGCGCCUCGCCCGCGUCCCGCGCCCGCGCGCCGCCCCCCUCGUCCGCCUCGCCCUCACCGGAGCGCCCCCUAACGACCGCCCCACUACCCCGCCCCAGAUCAUAAUAGUAAACAACUCCACGCAAACCACAAUCGCUCAAGGAGACAACGCUGCUCCUACCACUUCCUCUUCAAACUCUAAUCCUCCCCAAAACCAACCCUCGACCUCUUCCGAAUUCAAGGGAAUCCCCAAACUACCGCUGCCAGAACAGUGGCUUCAUAAAAGGUCAUUAGACUGCAAGUAUUCCUCUACAAUCCCGAGACCGUUAGCCCAAAUUGUCAACUCGGAAUUGGGCGCGGAAUUGACGCAGGAAUCCCGCGCGAAGAAGUACAGCGCGACCCGAUCCCCGUCGUUGGAGAAAGACGACAAAUCCCCUUUCCCGAGUAGCGCCAAGUCUGAUAACGAGGUGUUCGGCUUCGAGCCGGAAGCAGUUAAGAAACUGGAGGACGAAGCCAAGAAAGAGACGGGCGAUAUGGCGUCGCCCAAAGAUCCAGGAGAUAGAGGCCAGGAGUCUCCAGGAAACCUUAGGAGGUUCCGAUCGGUCAGCACCAGGUUAAACAUGUGCAGUGUGAACGAAAACCCUCUAUUAGAAGGUCAGCAGGAAAGAUUGGAAAUGCAGAAUAGCCCGAGAAUACUAGAGUGCAGCUCAGCUAAAGAGAAAUCUUCGGCUCCCAAAUUCGACUUCUCGCCAAAGAUAUUCGCUGACAGUAUCAGCUCCCCGCGAUUCUUCACUCCCCCCGAAACAGUUUCUCCAAUGUUCUUCGCUGAGCCUUCCCCUAAAUCGGUCUACUACGACACUGUUAGAUCUCCAAAAUUCUUCCCCGAAACGCCUAGAGAUGCAGAAGUUCCUCAAUCGCCAAGAACCUUAGGUAGUAAUUUGAACAGAAAUGGCUUCGAGAAGCCCAGUUCACCCGGAAUAUUACUAAGCGCCAAACCCAGUCCCAAAGUACAUAUUUGCAAUAAGGAGAAUUAUUUCACAUUCGAACAAAUCGCACUUUCCGAAGACAUAGCGAGAGCUUCCCCUAGACCGAAGAAGUACGGAGGGAGGAAUUCCAUUGAAAGGGAAAGAUUCACACCCCCAGCUGACAAAGAAGUCAAGAAAUACAGGAGACAUAACAGUUGCGACACGAACUAUAAGAAUAUCGAACUAAAUAUUACGAAAUGCGACGACAACAAAGCUAUGGAAGACAAAGAACUGAUCGACAAAGAUGUGGUCGACUGCUGUGCCAAAAUAGCUACUCUGCAAGUGGAGACAAAGCUCGAAGUCGAUAAAAACGAGUUGACGCCAACGCAUUCGAAUUCAGCGCAAAUGAGACGACAGAGGUUAAAAUCUAUUUCUCUCGACUCUGACAAUGCUAAAAUAAUAGAACAGAAUCUAGGUCUACCUAUAGCUAAGCAAAUGAAAGAUCAGAUGAACGAGGCGUAUAAAAAUCAGGAUAUUAGUACAUCGUGUGAGAGCAUGGAGAGGAGAGGAGGCGAGGAGUAUCCUAGAUCGCCUCCCAGAGAUCGGCCAGUGUUCAAAUUCGAGGAGGAAGCGAAAGACAAAACAUCCGAAGAAGAAGAACCUAAAUCUCCUGAUCUUAAACAAAAGAAGUGUCUCAGACAGAGUUCAGACACGCAGUCGUUUAUAGACAUGCCUAGAUUCUCGCCUAAAGAAUUUGAAAUCACCGUAACGUCCGAAGAAGGUGCAACGACUCCUGCUGAAACGCAAACGAAACGCAAAGGGAAGAACUUGCGAAACCUAACAAUAGAUUUGACGAAACGCGACAGUGAAUUGGAGAAAGAGUUGUUGGAGUUUGAGAAACUUUACACAGACGCGGAAGAGAAGAAAGUUAAGACUCCGACGUUGAAAGUAAAAGCGACGUCUUUAGAUUCCUCGGAGACGGUGAACCUAUCGUUACCUCAGAAGAAAACAUUGGAUGUUCCUCAGAAUUCUGUAUCAGUUCCUAACACGCCUAAAAGGCAACUUAAAAGAAUUUUAGCGCAGAAGAAUGUAAAGCCUGACUUCUCUGGUGGCAAGAUGGGGUAUAACUCCAUCCAGUCUUCAGCUGAGCAGAGGCGUCUUUAUAUGAAGGGUCAGGACAGCGGGAUAUAUCUAAGAGAGAACCACGCUACAUUAAUGCUAUAUCAACCUGGUCCGUCCCGAUUGGGUUCCCGUACUAUGGGCUCGUUUGAAGAAAACGUUUCGGACAUGGAAAGACCAGAAAUCAAUAUAUCAGGCUCAGAUAAUCGAUACCAUAUGGAUUCCGGACAAACGUUAGGGUCGAAUUUGUUGAAUUACAAACAGAAUUUGAGCGUGUCCAGUACAAACUUGAAGACGUUACCAGAGGGUGUGCCCUCAGAUGAUUUUGAACCCAGUGCGGAAGAUGAGAAGUUUGGAAAGAAGCUGCACAGGCGGAAUUCCAAUCAGAGCCUUAUGCUGAGCGCACACAGUCUGCAAUCGUCUAACUGUUCUUUAAGCAGUGCGGGUGCUUCGUGCCACAAUUUGGCUACAGUCCGAACCAGUAUAUCAAACUUCAGUCUCAAUUCUGACAACCGCCAAAAGAAAUUGUCUUUGGAAAGACGAGAUUCGAACGCGUCUUUGGCAAAUGCUGAACAUUUGGCGCCUGCCGCUAGAGUGAUUUGUUCUUCAAACACAAAUGUGUCUGGUGAGGGUUCUAAAAACUGCCUUUUACAGCGUCGCGGGUCGAAUAACAGCCUGACAUUGAACAUUCACUCUUCAAACACGCUCAGCCGCCAUUCUAGUAACACUUCUCUGAAUAAGGACUCCAAAUCCGGCCAAAAGAAAGGCCUUCUAGAACGCCGAAGCUCAAACACCUCCCUAACAUUAAAUAUCAACAAUUCGAAUCCUCAGCUAUCAGUAAAUAAAGGACUCAGCAUUUCGAACUAUAACCUCAACGGAUCCACUUGUAAUUUGAGUCGAUAUAACAGCAACUACAGUAUAGACAACCCUCCAACAGAACCUCGGAAAGGUAUUUUAGAAAGACGCAGCUCUAAUACAUCUUUGACGCUCAACAUCCAACCGCAAGAACAACAAGAGCCAAGAGACCUCGAAAUUGAUGAAACUUUAAUCGACAGUUCGUUAAAAGAACUGCCUCAUAGAGAUAAGCACCGAAAAUCUUUGAGCACAGAAAACUUAAUUCCCAAGUCAUACAAAAACAGAACGCGGUUACGCUCUUCAGAAAAAUGUGUUGGAUUCGGUUCGCACGACAACUUAUGGUCUACGUCUUAUACAGAACCGGACUACCCUCAAAACUUGACGUAUGUCUGUGGAGAUCAGGAGAAUGAGAUUAUAUACGCUUUUGGAAGACAGGAGGAUCCGAAUUGUCAAGCUGGAUUCACUAGAAACAUAACUACUAAGCCUUUAAGUCCACAAAGCACGUCUGAAGACUUCAGACUGUAUUUAGCCAAUAUGCAGCACAUUCAAAACGCGUCAAGUGUCCUCUCUCGGCAGCAAUUGAGAGAUUUGAAUGACGUCUUCCAAAACGGGUAUUCCAAAGUCAAAUGCCACAGUUCCACUGAAGGGCAGCAUUGCUGUACCAACAAGGUUGAGGAUAUGGCCAAGGAUAACCCCCAAAUGGUGAUACCCGACCUUCCGGUGCAACCUUGCUCGGAAUACCAAAAGAUGUUACUGCGGAAUUUGCACCAGGAGUUCUGGGAUAUGCCGACGAAUUUCCAGGAGAAGCCGAUAGUGUCAGGGUCUCAUCCAAAGAACAGAUAUAAGACGAUCCUGCCCAACGAACAUUCGCGGUUUAUCUUGAGAGGCGACGCGGGUUCCUGUGAGGGAUAUAUCAACGCCAAUUUCAUUAAGGGCCACGAGUACUCCAAAAACAGCUACAUAGCCACGCAGGGGCCGCUCCAGAAUACCAUAUACGACUUCUGGCUCAUGGUGCACCAGAACUGCUGCGACCACGCCUCCGCCGCCGCCUCCGUCCAGAAAAUAGUCAUGCUCACCAACUUCAUCGAGAACAACCGACAGAAGUGCGAAAAAUACUUCCCUCUCGAGCUCAACGAAGAAAUCGUGUUCGAAGGACCAGAAUAUUCCGAAAACGCGUACUUCGAAGAGUGCACAUUGAAAAACAAUUUCUUAAUCAAAAACUGUGGGAUGAUAAAAAAACCCGGGUAUACUAUUAGAAAGUUAGACGUUCGGUACCAAGUGAAAACGAAAAGUGACAGUGAAAGUGUGACGGUGUACCAUUAUUGGUUCCACAAUUGGGCGGAUCAUAAGUGUCCGAAAGACGUGAACGCGCUGUUGAAUUUAAGUCUCGACGUUUUGAAAGACAAUACGUACGAUUUCGAUCAGGACGACGAUCAGAGUGACGAAUUGUGCAAGUGUAACGAUAGUCCGAAGCCGAGCUCUAAGUUUGUAUUUCCUCCGCUAGAAGCUCAAACCUUACCAUGUGAAGUGAAAGUGAGUGUGGACACUCCGUUGGAUUUUUCUGUCGAACAGCAAUCUCCCCCUGCCAUAAUCCAUUGCUCAGCUGGCAUAGGCCGUACGGGAUGCCUCAUCGCGAUCCUGAAUGGUAUUAAACAGUUAACGAACGAACAAAAGGUUGACGUUCUCGGUAUAGUGUGCAACAUGCGUUUGAAUCGAGGCGGGAUGGUUCAGAACUCGGAACAGUAUGAGUUGAUACACAAAGUGCUGUGCCUGUUCGAACAGGCGUGCUUGCCCGACUUAUAGCUAAGUUAGACGUAGGCUUGCUGUGCUGACAUUUUGUAUGACAUCGCUGUUUGGUAAACUGCUCAGAAGUUCAUUAAAAAUCCAGUGUGGGAUAAAAAUGUACUUAUAUUCAGACAAAGAUUGUCUCUAUAAUAUAAAUUCCAAAGACAAAAACUUCAUAGAUAGCCUUGCCUCUGCAACUUGUUUUAUUGGGAUGGCAAUAAAAGUGCUUUCUAUGUGUUGUCAGUGAAAAUUCCUCCAGUGUUAGUGAUGCCAAUGAUUUUAAAAUUUUACUCUUUUAAAUAAUGAUGCUACCAAAAUUAAACUAAACAUAGUUUUCUACCUGAAAAUACCAAUCUUUUGCUAAAUGAAAAUAUACUAAAAUGUCAGCAAAUGAAAAUUAUACCAAAAUGUCAGCAAAUAAAAAUGAUACCAAAAUGUCAGCAAAUGAAAAUUAUACUAAAAUGUCAGCAACAGUAUUUGAUUAACGGUCAGCAAUCAAUGUUUGCUGUUAGAUUUAAUAAACAACUAUGUGGUUUGAAUGAAUGAUUCUAAAAAGGCGAAACAUCGCUCGCACAUUACUGUAAGAAGGGAGAAAGAUAUAUCAGAUUCUUUAUUAGUGUAGGCCAUUUUCAGGGCACUUAUACUCGUCCCAAAUAUAGCUUGCCCUACCACCACUUCGGGACAAAAUAUGGGCUGGUAUUGAGAAGUGGUGGAAGAAACUCAGUCGCCUUCUUAAACCACGUGAAAAUUUUGAAUCUGUUAGUGUACCAUAGAACCACCAACCAAUACAUCUGUCUUUGUCGCACUUGCCGCCAUCUCGCUUUGUGUGAGCGAGAUGCAAAUACGAACUCAUUCAUUGUCAAACCACAUAGUUUCAUAGGGACGUUUGAAAAGACUAUUUAUGUGCACUGUUAAUGAAAUGUUUUGUACUUAUAUUGUUACGACUUAAUUCGGUACUUGUUUGGUUGCUGACUGUAUUCAGUUGACGUUAAAAGUGUGUGCAUGUUUCAAAUAAAGUUCGGUCGCCGAGCACGUAGAAUUUCGUCCAAUGACCCCAAGCUACCUAUCCUUAUCGCUCGCGCGUGUUUAUAUUCCUGUCGCGACUGAGCAACCGGCGGCCACAGUGAGUGUUGAAGCGGGACUUUAAUUCAUUGUUAAUCAUAAAAGUCUGUUAUGUUAUCAAUUAACGGAAUUCAAAAUUUUACGGUGACACAAUAAAAUUCCAUGAAUACAAAAAAAAAAAACAGUAAAUAGUCAUAAUAUUCAACAAUUUACCGCAUUCAUAGAUUGGUUAUGUUUGCAAAGGUUUGGUAGUUCUUGGAGCCAAUACACCAAUGUGUAUCAGUCUUGAAAAGACCUUGUAGUUGU